AUGUCGUCCGACGGGGUUAUUUUCACAGCGCCUUUGUCCCAAAGCUUUGGAUAUGGAAUUAUCCUGGGACUAGGCUUUGCCUUUGCUCUGCUGAUGAUCUUUAUUACUUGGGCUUUGAAACGCUAUCAAAAUGAAGUCCAAACAUCUGAAAUGUUCUCAACCGCAGGCCGGUCCGUCAAAUCAGGACUGGUUGCCGCCGCCGUUGUUAGUAGUUGGACAUGGGCUGCAACCCUUCUCCAGUCAUCUGCAGUCGCAUACAGAUAUGGUGUCUCUGGUCCAUUUUUCUACGCAUCAGGCGCCACUGUUCAGAUUCUUCUUUUCGCAACACUAGCUAUCGAGCUCAAACGCCGUGCGCCGAAUGCACACACUUUCUUGGAAGUCAUACGUGCUCGCUAUGGGACUCUUGUGCACAUAGUGUUCAUCGUAUUCUGCUUGAUGACAAACAUUCUGGUUACCGCGAUGUUGCUCACCGGUGGAUCAGCCGUGAUGACCUCCUUGACUGGAGUGCCCACCGCAGCAGCCUGCUUCCUACUCCCGAUUGGCGUGGUGCUAUAUACUCUCUUCGGUGGUAUUAAGGCUACUUUCAUCACAGACUACCUGCACACUGUAGUCAUCCUGGUUGUCAUCUUCCUCUUCGCCUUCUCCGCUUAUGCCACAAACGCCGAGCUAGGAUCUCCAUCAAAGGUGUACGAUGCGCUCGUUGCAGCCUCCCAGCGUCACCCGGUUGAGGGUAACGCGGAAGGCAGUUACCUUACUAUGCGCUCUAAGGAGGGUGGCAUCUUCUGGAUUAUCAACUUAGUUGGAAACUUCGGUACAGUGUUCUUGGACAACGGAUACUACAACAAGGCUAUCGCCGCCAGCCCCGUCCACGCAUUCCCAGGAUACGUGAUUGGCGGUAUCUGCUGGUUCGCAAUUCCCUGGCUUUGCGCCAGCACAAUGGGUCUCUCGGCGCUGGCACUAGAGGGCUCAAAUCGCAUGAGCUCUGGUGAUGUGACCGCCGGACUAGUUCUCCCCUUCGCAGCUGUCAAGCUGCUCGGCUACAGCGGUGCUGUUGCAACUACACUGAUGAUCUUCAUGGCUGUGACAUCCGCAUUCUCGGCUCAGCUGAUCGCUGUGUCCUCGAUCUUCACCUACGAUAUCUACGCGGCCUACAUCAACCCAAGUGCCAAGGGCAAGAGACUGGUCUGGAUUUCGCACAUGUCCUGCGUCGUCUACUCAAUCAUCAUGGCGGGCUUUGCGACCGGUCUCUACUACGCUGGCAUUGGUAUGGGAUAUCUCUACCUGCUGAUGGGUGUGAUCAUCUCGUCCGCUGUCUUUCCAGGUGCCAUGACCCUCCUCUGGAAGGGACAGAACCGUAUCGCAGCAGCCUGCUCACCACCCCUUGGUCUGGCGGUCUCCCUCAUUGCCUGGCUGGUUACCGCUAAGAAGCAAUACGGAACUCUAACUGUCGACACCACCGGUGCCAACUACCCCAUGCUUGCCGGCAAUGUCGCCGCCCUCCUCAGCCCAGUAAUCUUCGUCCCACUCUUCACCUACAUCUUCGGCCCCCAAAACUACGAUUACGAAUCCAUGCGCGCAAUCCGCAAAGUCGACGAUACAGAAGUCGCCGCCGAAGCUCAUGUCGACCUGGAACUAGUUCCAGGCGAGAUGGGUCCCUCGCAAGACGAGAGCGAAGAAGAAGAGCGCCUGCUCAACCGCUCGGCACUCUACGCGCGCACGCUGACAGUGUUCAUGGCAUUUGCCUUUUUGAUCCUCUGGCCGAUUCCGAUGUACGGAUCGUCGUAUGUGUUCAGCAGGAAGUUCUUCACUGGUUGGGUUGUUGUUGGAAUUAUUUGGUUGUUCGUUACCCUGUUUGGUGUUGUGGUGUUCCCGUUGUACGAGGGACGGGCGAGCAUUGUUCGUGUUGUGCGGAUGAUGUCGCUUGAUCUUGUGGGGAAGAAGCCUAAGGUUUACCGGGGUACGAAGGCUGGGGCUGAUGAUGUGGCUACGCCUUCUGGGGUUGCGACGCCUACAAAUCUGGGCGAGAAGGAUAAGAAGGCCUCGGAGAGAGAGGUUUGA